AGCAAAAUCCCUCUUCCCUGUAGAUCAAAGCAUCAGGGUGAGGGCAGCAGUGAUAGAUCCACGCUGAUGAGCUGACUCUGGAAAUAGGUCAGGAGGCUGAACAAGAUGUGAAGCAGCAGAGCUCCUCCAGGGGAUGAGAAAACUGCCCUGUGAUCUGGAAAGGAAGCUUCCCAUGCUCUUGCAUUUAUUGCUGGAUGUGUGCAUAGACGACGAGCAGGUAAUUACUUAAGGGGAUGUGGGUAAGGCUUAAGGAUCUGUUGUGUGCAUAGGAAAGCCAAGGGAAAUGCCUCGGGGAGGAAUUUCUUGGUGAGAAGGGAAUCUGCCCUGUCUGGAGGGAGGGCAGGCACGGCUGGGGCACGCAUUGCAAACACAGCCACUGUGCUGCUUCUCUGCAGUGCAUAGCAAGUGCAAAGCUGACUGCUGGGGUUAAUGAGAGCUGUGGGAAAUGGCCCUUUUGCAGGCAGCCUUACCCCGCAAGCACCACCCCUUGUGAUUUUCCAGGCAGAAGGGCUCUGGCGCAGCGUUGCAGGGCUACGGGGGAUUACUUAUUCACCGUGUUCUUGGAACAGCUCCAGCCUCCCUGUUACUGCCUCCAGUGUACAAAUUCAUCAAGUAUCCACGAGGCUCACAAUCCCUUGAGGCAGGAGAAGACAGGAAGGUGAUUCAUAUUGCAGAUCACGCUGGCUCUGAAGGACCCGCGGGGCUCUAGUAAAGUGGAGCCGGCAUCCUUCCUUCUACCGCCUCCCUAACGCCUGUUGGGGUCAUUGAGGCAGCAGACUCAGUCCGGAUGGAUUUCAUUGCGGGGGCCAUUGGAGUAGGAGAAAACCAGUGAUCAAAUGCAAUAUGCCUUUUGGAGAUACAAAACAGAGGCUGCAAACCCAGAUGAAGGGCAUCAAACAACUCAGGUGGCCUAAGCACAGCAGUGGGGUAUCCGCUGGACACAGUAAAGGUGAGGAUUCAGACCGAGGGACAUUACAAUGGCAUUUGGCACUGCAUUCAAGAAACAUACAGGACAGAAAGAAAACUUCCUUUGUAACAUCUGCAAGCUGCGGUACGGCACAGCUGAUGCCAAGCCAUCGGGGCUGGAUGUUUCUCUGGCUGGAGGUGCUGCUGGUGCUGUGCGGGUUGUGCUUAUGACACCCAGUGAGGUAGCUAAAGUUCGGAUGCAGACCCAGAGGAACCCCCAUUCCUCUGUCACAUCUUCCCAACCCCUUUCUAAGCCGAAGUACCGAGGGUCUCUGCACUGUCUGAAGGUGAUCGCCAAGGAGGAAGGCUUUGGAGGUCUCUACAAAGGCUGCUCUGCAUUGCUGUGCAGGGAUUGCUCCUCUUCUGCAAUAUAUUUCCUGACAUACUCUUCCCUCUGUGACUGGCUCACACCAGCUGGGAAAAACAAACCAGGUUUUCUGGUUGUGCUGCUGUCUGGGGGCUCUGCUGGAGUGCUGGCCUGGGGCCUGGCUACUCCCUUGGACGUCCUCAAGUCGCGGAUGCAGGUGGAUGAGUCGGGACAGCACAGAUACAAAGGCCUCAUCCACUGCGCGAGAGAAAGUGUCAGAAAGGAGGGGCUCAAAGUGCUGUUCAAAGGCCUGGGUUUGAACUGUAUCCGUGCCUUUCCUGUGAACAUGGUGGUGUUCGUCACAUAUGAAGCUGUGCUGAGGUUUACAGAGCAUUUUACAAACAAGAAAUAGCUGUUGCAGCUCUAGCAAGAAGCGUAUUUUGUUCAGUUUGGUUUUGUAGCCCAACACAGAUACACACUGAGCUCUCCACUGAUGGGCAGCACAUGAAGCAGAGACAUUUCAGCACAGCACCUGUUGACCAAUGGCCUCGUUUCCCUCUCACAGGAUUACAUACUCAUCAGGGAGGCUUGUAGUUAUGUACAACCUCUCUUUUAUCUUGUUAAUGUAUUUCGACUGUAGCCAUUGCUUAGGCCACUCAAACAUGUGCAAUAUUUAUGUUCCAAAAAACUACUGGUCUAAUUUGAGAAUUUGGUAAAGAUUUAAUUUUGUUUUCUACUAACACAGAAAAAAAAAUCUUCACUACCGAGGCAGGAAUCAAGGGUUUUGUGUAACACCACACAACACAUUCUUUUUAUAUGUAGAGCUGCAAGGUAUCCACUGAGCACUCUCCUUAUGUGUGCCUCCAGCCUGAGUAGGCAGGCUGCUCACUCCCAGCUGUAAUUCUGCCCAAGUACUCUACAGUUACAUCCCUUCAGUACAGGCUGAAAUAUGAAUCUCUUUCUUUUCCAGUUGUUUUUUUAAGGAGUAGCAGACAUAGUUUGCUUACACAAUCAUUCAAUGGCCUCGCUGAAAGUGAAAACAGGCAUUAAUUCCCAUAAACCACAUGAUUUCUUCCCAGCCAUGGAUCUUUCAGCCCCUUCUGGUGGCAGCACCUCAUGCCUUAGUCCAGUCAGAGUCUACAUCCUAUUCCUGUCCCACAGGGAGGGAUGCAAGGGAUUGCAAAACACGCAAAAAGCCUUUGCUUCUCAAAGGGAAGACUACCAUAAAAUCUGUGCGUUGGGAGAAUAGGUAAUUAACAGAAGAAUUGUAAUAUUGGGUAGUGUAAUUGAAAUUUUCUACUUUAAAAAAGUGCAUACUUUUCUCGCUUUUAAAUGCAUUGCUAGGAACAGCCAAAUGCAGUUGGUCCUUUUUUUUUUUUUUUUCCUUUCUUCCCCAGAGAUACAUUUUGAUGGAAUCCAGCUUUCCUAAAAAUCAUUUUUUUUUCACAAAAAUGUAAAGUUUCACAAAGAUCAGCUUGAUUUUUUUUUUUUUUAAAUUGCUACUUUUUAAGAAAAAGCACAGAAAUACUUUGUUGAUCCUGCCUCAGCAGUAACACAGAUGUUUUUAUUUCUAUAUUUCUCCCUGACUGGUGACACCUGGAACAGAAUGGAUCUGCUAAGAGAGUGCUUUUUUUUGGAGGGAAAGAGGAAGAUUGCUUUCUAAAGGAGUUCUCUUAGGGCUGAUAACCUUCUGGUUCCCUUUUACAAGUUCAUAGCAUAGACUUGGCUACACAUACAGUCAUUUUGCAACACACAGGACUUGGCAUCCACCCUGGGCAGGGAAGAAUUAAUCUUGUACUAGAAGGACAAGUUCAGAAAUUUCAGAUGUUACUAGGAAAGAAUGAAGGUGAGAAACUUCAUUCUCUCUUCAGAGAGAAACUAGUAAGAAAGUCCAGUACUAUCCUCCUGAAACCUAAACCUUCAGCUUGCUUUUUAAACUACAUCAUGGCCAUGCUAUCAAACAACUCUCAGAAUUUUUUCUCUCAUGAGUGUGUUAAUCUCUCAUUUGAUCCAAUAGCAGCUUUAAGAUACCAGACAGGUGCAGAGCAUGGGGAGGAUUGAAAGAUCUGGCAUGGAAUCUGAUUCUAUCCCAAAGUGCGUAUGGCCUCAGUAAUCUGUGACCCAUGCUUAGACCUUUAGGGCAUCAGCUCCAAACCUCCUUUGGUUUGAAAGACCUUACAACAGAAGAUUUAAUUAAGUCCUCAAGAUUUGGAAUUUCUCUUAAGACAAAUGCUAAGAGACUUCUCACCUCUCUAUGAGGGAUGCUUCUGGCUGAGGCCUGCCCCAGUAGGGUACUAACUCAUCCCAGCCCUGUCAGAGUGUUUUCUAAAAUCAAAUUCCUUUACAGCAAAUUAUUCUCAGCUGACCUUACUUUUCAAGCAUUACAUCCUGUGAACAGACAGCAAAAUAAGUAACUGUAUGUCAAGCAAAACAACCACUUACUAUUAGAUACUGUUGAUACUAUCUGUGGUCAGUCCAAGGCUUGAAAAUAAAGUCUAAUCAAAAGUAUCCCAACUUUCCCCAGUAGAUUCAAGCAUUAGAUGAUUAAAAAUGUCUCUUGUGAUGGGCAUAACUUACACAGCUUGUUUCAAGAAUCAUGAAUUACAGCUGAAUUGGAAAAUUAGUAGGUACAGCUGUGGAAACCAGUGAGAGGAGUAGAGAACAGUAAGCCUCUUCUAAGUACUCAGCAUUGUAAAAAGCAGGUUCUCCUGGGGCCUGGACAGAUACUACAUGAGAGGUAAGUUGUAUAUUACUGAUCUUAUCAAUUUUUUUCAAGAAUCUAACUGCUUGCACUAUGUAGUGUGCUACAACUCCUUACUGGAAAAAAAGAAGACAAAUCCAAUGCACCAGGGUUUGACUGAUGAUCUGACAAUCUUUAAGACAAGAACUUACAGUAAUUUAUAUCAAGGUGAAUUAGCCACCAGGCAAAGGUAUUGAAUGUACAAGUACUGUAAUCCUAGGCAUGUAAAUAAGAACCAACUUUCUUUAAUGACGUGACAUAGUGUUUAUAUUGUGUACUUAGCUCCAUAUGUAACAAGUUGUUUGCCUUGUAGAUUUCAGAACUUGGCUGCUCUAUUUUCUGAUUACUUUGUAUUGCCUUGACCUUCAGCUUCUGUAUUUGCUGUGCUGAUAAUCACAGAACUAUUUCUUCUGAUACAUUAUCUAGCUGAAGGCCAGCAGAAUGAAGACACCAUAUAGCUCUCUGCAGAGACAAUUUCUUUCAGAAACAAACUGCUGGCCUUGAAUAAAGAAAACUUUCUUUAGAAGACACGUUCUGCUUUCACAUCAAUAGCUCCUGUUUUGUUUUUUUUUUUCUUUCUUUCUUUUUUUUUUUUUUUUCCUGACAAUGCUAAGAAUAUCCAGGUAGGUUUCAGCGUGCCUCUUUGUGACUGGCAGAGCAAUGUAAGCUAUUCACAAUUUGUAUUCCUUGGCAACUGCAAUGGUGGAGUCACAUUUAAGUAUUUUAUGUCAGACCUAUGGAAAUGUUGCUCUAAUAGGUCAUAUUGACCUCUCUCUAUUCCUGAGCUGGCUGCUACUCAAGGAAAUUCAACGUCCAGCCUUGCUUGCAACCUGUUAAUCUUUGGAGAACUGACCCUUAUUACCUUGCUCUGGCAGCAAUCUGGAGUUUACUUGUUAAGACCAGAUUAUUGUCUUGUUAAGACCAGGGGCUAUAAGGCACUCUAUUUCACUGUUUGAAAGACACUGGACAUCAAAACAAUGAUCGAUUCCUUGUGAUGACUAAACAACAGAGAAAAUGUAAAUGAAGCCUUUUAAAAGUUAAAUAAAUUCAAAAAACAAAACAA